GCGGCGGAGAGCGGGACUCAGGGCGUUCCUUCGGCUGCAUGAGGGGCAGAGCGCCCCGGGUCACAGCGACUGUGUGGGGCCGCGAUAACCGGCGCGUCCCUCUGCCCCGGGGCAUGGCGGUAUGGGGUACCCACUGGGGGGGCGCGCCCGCCUGGUACCGCGCCCCGCAGCGUUCGGCCACCUGGCGAGCAGCGCGCAGGCGGGGGGGUUACUCUGAAGCCGUGCCUUUAGCUUGCGGCACAAGAAAUAUGAUGGCUCAGUCAGAUUUAGAUCUAAAAGAGACCGCUUUGAAAGAGGAUCUGAAGUUCUACUUCAUGAACCCAUGUGAAAAAUACAGAGCAAGACGUCAAAUACCAUGGAAACUGGCUUUGCAGAUUUUGAAGAUACUUAUGGUUACUACACAGCUUGUUUUUUUUGGUUUGAGUAACCAGCUGGUGGUCUCGUUCAAAGAAGAAAACACCGUUGCUUUUAAACACCUCUUCCUGAAAGGCUACUCUGGAGUUGAUGAAGAUGACUACAGCUGCAGUAUAUAUACACAACAGGAUGCUUAUGAUAGCAUUUUUUAUGUUAUUAACCAGUACAGGCAAUUAAAGAAUGUAUCCCUGGGGACCCUUGGUUAUGAACAUGAAGGAUCAGGUUUAAAAAUCUGUAAACAACAGUACAAGAAAGGCACAAUGCUCCCUUCCAAUGAUUCACUGAACAUAGAUGUUUCUACUGAAACAGAAUGUAUCUUUUUAAAGCCACAGGAGCUAGCUGGUAAGAAGGCUCAACUGAAGCUGAACUCCUCUUUCUUCAGUCUUGAAUUUUACAGGCUUAUACAGGUUGAAAUCUCCUUCAAGCUGAAAGGCAUUGCCCUACAGACCAUCCAUGCCCGUGAACUGCCUGACUGCUAUGCAUUUCAAAAUACUAUAACUUUCAAUAACAGAGCCCACAGUGGGAAAAUCAAAAUCUAUUUUGAUAGUGACACUGAUAUUCAAGAAUGUAAAGACUGGCACAUAGUUAGCUCUGUUCUCCAGAAAAACACUCAAUAUAUUCUAGCCUUUGAUGGAUUUGUCAUUUUAAGUUGCUUUGCUUCUCUCAUCCUUUGCACACGAUCUAUUGUUCUUGCCAUGAAACUACAAAAGAGAUUUGUGAACUUCUUCUUGGAGAAAUACAAGCGUCGUGUCUGUCAUGCUGAUCGCCUGGAGUUCAUAAAUGGAUGGUAUGUCCUGGUAAUUAUCAGUGAUGUGAUGACAAUCAUUGGGUCAAUCCUAAAAAUGGAAAUAAAAGCCAAGAACCUUGCAAGUUACGAUGUCUGCAGCAUUUUACUUGGAACAUCAACUUUGUUUGUCUGGGUUGGAGUCAUCAGAUACCUGGGAUAUUUUCAAACCUACAAUGUGCUUAUUUUAACUAUGCAGGCAUCAUUACCCAAAGUGCUAAGGUUUUGUUGUUGUGCUGGGAUGAUUUAUCUUGGCUAUACUUUCUGUGGUUGGAUUGUCUUGGGACCUUAUCAUGAAAAGUUUGAAGAUCUGAACACUGUGGCUGAGUGUCUGUUUUCUUUGGUCAACGGUGAUGAUAUGUUUGCCACGUUUGCUCAAAUCCAGCAGAAGAGCAUGCUGGUGUGGAUGUUCAGUCGGUUGUAUCUGUACUCCUUCAUCAGUCUGUUUAUAUACAUGAUCCUCAGCCUGUUUAUUGCACUCAUUACUGACUCUUAUGACACCAUAAAGAAAUACCAGCAAAAUGGGUUUCCAGUAACAGAUCUCCAUGAAUUUCUGAAAGACCAUGGCAGUGCUGGUUACAGAAAAGAAAGGACUUCCAUGCCACUUGUCUGCUGCUGUGGGAGACACCAGAGUGAUGACAACUUGAUACUUAUUAAUUGAUUACAAGUUGAAAUUCCUCACUGGAUAUGCAAAGAAAGAAUAGCUGUAUGGAGAAGAAUAAUUCUACAAAUUGCAGUAAACCCUGCUAUCUGGACCUUCCUCACAGUGGACAACCUAAUCUUACCUAAUUGAAGGUGCUGGGGGAAGCAAAGCUGCUAGUGUGACCUCAGGUGGCUGACCAGGAGGAGAGCCCAGAACCUGUAACUGGAGGAGAGCUGUGAAGGACUCUGUAUUCUUGCCCUACAUUCUGUCGCAUGGGAGAAGACUGAUACUUGAGCAUUGUCUGUGGGAGCCCUGUUUUCUAAUUGCCUCUAGGAGGAAGGAAAGUGGCCUUGAAUGAACUGUUGUUGUUAAUAAGAAUUACAUGAAAAUAAUUUUAAAGAAAUAAUUCCUUGUUUAAAAAAUACUAAAAGGCAGUAAAGAAGAGAGCAGUUUUCCACUUAAAAUUAUGCAUUUGGCCUGUAAUGUCUACUUGGCACAAUUAAUUUCCUUGAAAUAAAUCUAUGUACAACUACAGAGCUGCACAAAAGUGCAAAACAAUUGCUGUUCUCCCUCUUGUAUAUUGUUUUAACACAAACCAUCUAUAGAUUAGUCUUUUCUUUAACAGCUUUACUAAAAACAAAAGCAGUUUGUUAUCCUGUC